AUGCAGGCCAGGCAAAGAACCAGCCUCCGGCGACCUUACCGAAUUCCGGACUUCGAAGCUGGAGCCAAGAAAACCUUGGCAGCAGACGCGGAGGCAGAGUUCCGGAGAGUGGUGAAGUUCCUGCAGGAUGAGGUGCUCGUUCCCAUCGAUGUUCGGCUUCCAGGUCGCCCAUUUGAGUACGACAUGCACUCGUUCCCUUUCACACCCAUGGUCCUGGUCAUUGGCAACCACUCGUCGGGCAAGUCCACAUUUAUCAACAAGCUCCUGGGGAAGGAGGUGCAAGAUACGGGGGUCGCACCUACAGAUGACGGAUUCACCAUCCUGGAGAGACGGACGGUCACCGAAACUGAGGAUGGUCCAACUGUUCUUGGGUGUCCUGAGAAUCGUCCUUACGCAGAGCUGCAGCGCUUUGGUCAAACCUUGGCAGGCGUCCUGCGAAGGAAGCGAUUAUUGCUGCCGCAGAAUUCACAGUUCCCAUUCGGCUUGCAGAUUGUGGAUUCGCCUGGCAUGAUUGACCUGCCUGUCAAUGAGAAGGCUACGAGCGAAUCCAAAGGCCGCGGAUACAACUUCGUAGAGGUGGUGCGCUGGUGGGCAAAGAGGGCAGACCUUAUCUUGCUACUGUUUGACCCGGACAAACCAGGGACAACUGGGGAAACCUUGCAGGUGUUGACGAAGUCCUUGUCAGGUUUGAACCACAAGUUCCUGGUAAUCCUGAACAAGGUUGAUAAGCUGGACAACAGUGUUGACUUUGCGCGAGCCUACGGCGCUUUGGGCUGGGCACUGUCCAAGGUCAUCAAGCGCAAGGACAUCCCGGCUAUCUACACGAUGUUCAAUGAGGGCAUGGAGUCGACUACAGGACGUGAAGGUCUUCCCCUAGAGCGUUUCGUUAAGAAACGUGAGGAGGUCAUCCUGGAGGUGCUCAGAGUGCGGGAGCGACACAACGACAAUAUCAUCACAUCCCUGGAGGAGACUAUGCGACAGAUGCAGAUGCUGGUUGGGGUGGUCCAUCGUCUGCGCCAAAAAGCGAGCGAUCGCUAUUGGAGGCUUAAGGUUUGGGCAAUUUUCAGUGCGCUGGUGCCUGCUAUUGGGAUCUAUAAGAUCAUGCAAUUGGCAGCAAACAGCAUGAGAAUGGCAGCCGAGAUGGCCGCCGCAGACCUCGCAGCGUCAGCAGUGGAAGAACCCCCAAGCCUUUAG